AUGCGGAAAGCUCACAGAUCAAUUAGUAUGCUGCCAUCCAUUUGGAUACUCAUCGUGUUAGAUCUAUUGGUCAAUGUUUCAGCACAAACGACCUGCAACGGUGGUCUGGGUAGAGUGGUUUACGAGAGACUUCCGGACCAGCAGCUUCAGGGUUUUGACGACGAUGUGGUGCGAGACUCGGCGCCUCCGUUUAGGGUCUUGGAGAAGUGUCAAGAGCUCUGUCUGCGCGACAGAACGGCAACGAACAAUCUGGUUCGCGCAUGUACGAGCUUCGACUUCCAACCCGGCAGCAGAAUCGCGUCUUUCAGCGGCGUCGCCGAGUACGAGGAGAGUACUUGCUAUUUAACGAGGGAACAGGCGCAACCAGAGGGCAUCGGAAAUCUCAUGCUCGUACCAAAUAGCGUGCACUUCACCGAAGUGUGCCUAACGUCCGACAGAAUAGAGAGGGAAUGUCCAAAUCGUCGUUACGUGUUCGAAAGACAUCCGAGAAAAAAGCUGAAGCUACCCUUGACAGACAUCAAAGAAGUCAGCGCCGCUAACAGAACCGACUGCGAGGACAGGUGCCUCAACGAAUUCAGUUUCGUUUGCCGAUCGGCAACAUACGACACUGCCCUGAGAAGCUGUUCUCUCAGUCGCUUCACUAGGAGAACUCAUCCUGAAUUAUUGGAGGACGAUCCGAAUUCUGAUUAUCUGGAAAAUACUUGCCUUAAUACCGAAAGACGAUGCGAUGGACUCACAGUAUUCGUCAAGGAAGAAAACAAACGUUUACGCGGCCCGUUUGAAGUGGAUGUAUACACGAAUCUUACUUUGGAGGAAUGUCAGGCGCUGUGUCCUAGAGCGGAAAAAUAUUUCUGUCGCAGCGUCGAGUUUGACGAGCAAACGCGGCAGUGCGUCAUAUCCGAAGAGGAUUCCGUUUCACAAAAAGACGACAUUGGAGUUAGCAGCAGCCCGAGUCACCAUUUUUACGACUUGGUGUGCUUAGAUAAUCCGCGCGGCUCCGAAUACCCGGACAGCAGCUCGUCAUCGCACCUCUUCUCCGACGGUCGUCGUCCGGAUACGGCUUUCCAGCGUUAUCGGAACUCGCGUUUGAGUGGCGAGUUUCAUUCGGAGAUUACCGGACGCAGCCUCAGCGAGUGUCUGGACGAGUGCCUCCGGCAGACGAGCUUCCAAUGCCGUAGCGCAGUUUACUCCGAACAUUAUCACACCUGCCGUUUAAGCCGAUUCAAUCAAAGGGACGGUAACCGGAUUAUCUACGAUGCCGAUUAUGAUUAUUACGAAAAUCUUAUGCAUCAAUAUCUAGACGGCGAUCGCGAUAGCCCUGGAUACAGACCGGAUCCCUUAGGACAGGACACAAACUUUGGACGACCCUCUUUAGGAAGACCCGGAUACCCAGACGAUUACGACAAAGGAUAUUCUAGCAGCGUCAAACCAGAUCGUUAUCCAAAUCGUUAUCCUGAUCGUCGUCCCUUAGACGAUAAAUUUCCGGAUAACAGAUAUCCUUUAGGUGAACCUGACAAUUAUCCUGAUCGCUAUCCUCUUGGUGAUCGAUAUCCCGACCGUUAUCCCACAGGAGAUCGUUAUCCCACGGGAGAUCGUUAUCCCACGGGAGAUCGUUAUCCUACAGGAGAUCGUUAUCCCACGGGAGAUCGUUAUCCCACGGGAGAUCGUUAUCCCACGGGAGAUCGUUAUCCUACGGGAGAUCGUUAUCCUACAGGAGAUCGUUAUCCCACAGGAGAUCGUUAUCCCACAGGAGAUCGUUAUCCCACGGGAGAUCGUUAUCCUACAGGAGAUCGUUAUCCUACAGGAGAUCGUUAUCCUGCGGGAGACCGCUAUCCUGAUCGUUAUCCGACCGUUAGCGACCGAUAUCCGGACAGAUAUCCAUCUGAUCGAUAUCCUAUUAGAGGAGGAGAUCGUCGUCCUGUCAAUGGUGUCAAUAGAUAUCCCGACGCCGGAACUCUGGGGAGAUAUCCUCCAAGUGACCGAUAUCCUGUGAGUGAUCGAUAUCCCGCGAGUGAUCGAUAUCCCGCGAGUGACCGAUAUCCCGUAAUACACGGGGUUCGUGUGAUUCCAAGUCGAUAUCCUACCGACAUGAUCGAUCGAUAUCCCAAUACAAUAGACCGGUAUCCUUAUCCAGAAGACUCUAUGGACCGAUAUCCUAUGGGAUUGGGUGGUGAUAGAUCUCCUAUCGAUCGAUAUCCAGCUAGUGGAAGAUACCCAGACAAGGAUCCUUAUGCUAAUCGCAGGUAUCCGCCGCCAGGAAUGUACUCGCCCGGAUUUGUCGAUGACGUUCGUGGUCCUCAGAGUGGUGCCGAGCCAAGACCUCAUUAUGGCGGUGGGUCGUAUGGUCCAACGCGACUAGGAGGAUACGGAGGAUACGAUGAUGGCGGUAUUACUGGUGGUGGAUACGUAGGUGAAGGCGGGGUCUACAACUCUCGUCCAUUUGGAAUUGCUGGUGGACCUAUCAUUGGCAGGCCCAUCAUAGGUAGGCCCCCGUUAGUGUCCAGAUGCGACGAGCAGGACAAUUUCAGACAAGUUGGGUCUAGUACCAGAGUGCGGAAGCCGUUCGUUAGACGGUACACCACUGCCUCGUCGUUGGCUCAGUGCGAGAGGGAAUGUGCCGAUGCUAGAGACUUCGUUUGCAGGUCCUUCAAUUACCGACCAUAUGCUGCGCCUUACGGGGCCGAGAGGGACAACUGCGAGCUCAGCGACCGGGACUCCAGGGACAUGGACAUGGGCAAUCCGGUUUAUUACGACACGGGUUCGGAUUACGACUUUUAUGAGAGGAACAACGGUCGCCAGGGUGCGGACGGGGAAUGUCUGGACGUGAGUCAAGCCUGCAGCGAGGAUGGAAUGGAGUUUACUCUGAGGACGCCGGAGGGAUUCAUUGGGCGAAUUUACACGUACGGAUACUAUGACCGAUGCUUCUUCCGCGGAAACGGCAGGACCGUGAACAAACUCCGUAUCAGCGGACCUCAGGGAUACCCCGAGUGUGGCACACAGCGAUACGGUGAUACGAUGACAAACAUUGUGGUGGUGCAAUUUUCGAACCUCGUGCAAACCGGACGGGACAAACGAUUCAACCUGACAUGCAUGUUUCGGGGACCUGACGAAGCUGUCGUCACAUCCGGCUACAUCGGUGCCGGGUAUGCCAGAUCGGGGUCUCCCAUCCCUAUCGAAUAUCUCCCAGCGGAAAAUACCCUGAGCUCCAGAGUGCGCUUGCUGAUUCUCUAUCAGGGUAGACCUACGACGACCAUCGCCGUUGGUGACCCUCUCACUUUCAGACUCGAAGCUCAAGAUGGGUACAAUUACGUAACGGAUAUAUUUGCUACUAACGUUAUUGCAAGAGAUCCUUACUCUGGUAAAAGUGUUCAACUGAUAGACAGAUAUGGCUGUCCAUUGGACAACUACGUGUUUCCGGGUUUGGAUCGCCUCCGCGACGGCGACAGCCUCGAGGCCCGCUUCAACGCCUUCAAAAUACCCGAAUCAAAUUUCCUGGUGUUCGAGGCGAACGUACGAACGUGCCGCGAUGGCUGCCAGCCAGCAUAUUGCGGUGGUACCGGUAGAAGUGAACCGUCCUUCGGCAGACGGCGAAGGGACGUAAAUAACGAUACAGUGGCGGACGAGGAAGAGGCAUCGCCGAUAAUAGUAACGAAUGACUCUAACAAUGCGUCAACAACGAUUUUCAACGCGACCGAUGCUGCGAGCGAUGAGCUGGACAACGAAGAGGAGGAAGAACACGUCAGAGAAAUGAUAGAGGUUCUCGAUUCAAGAAUGGACAUUGAAGAAGAUAGUAUCGUCGAGAAGCAAACUAAGAUCUUGGAAAAUAUUUGUAUAACGCAAAACGAAUACUACGGCUUGGUUACCGCAGUGGGCAUCCUCGUGGUGCUCUUGGCCUCCGUUGUUCUCUUGUCUAUGCUCGUUUACAGAAAAUACGUUUAUUCCGUGAUUAUGAAAAAUCGUAGACUCGACAAAGCCUGCAGUCGCAGCAACCAUUCCGAUGAGCCUUACAGCAGUCGAGUCAACAACUUUUCUUUUAUGAGGACAGGUCUUCAGAAACCGUUCCAGCCGUCAUCGAUCUCGAGAUCAAUGAGCAAUGCUAUCAGCCAACGUCUUGCCUCGUCGUCCACCGCUCUGGAGGGUGCUGUAGGAUUAUCCAUCGGUCGACGUAGCGGUUUCGAUCCAAGCGAACCGAUCUACACCGAUCCUUCACUUUUUGAGGUCACCCAUUGCUCGAACACCGCGAAAUCGGCUCUCAGUGACAACUUUCAUCUUAUGUAGAAGAAAUACGUGAGAAGAUCGAUCCCGAAAUUACAUAACGCGAACGAUCCCCGCUUUAUUUAUUUACUUUAAUGAAAGUAUACGAAACCGACUAACGACAACUAAUCCGUGACAAAUCAGCAUUUACGAUAUAUUCUGUCACUAGUCAAUCCACUGCCAAUUCCCCAUAAAGAUU